UGCUUUGGUAGGCUGGUUGCUUUGGUUGGUAUAAAGACCGCAAUUUGGCCGAGGGAAGGCACACUCGGUCACAACACUCGUCUCAGUAAACAUCUAAAUUCUCUUACCCUGUAUUUUAAGUAUAAUGAAUACCUUUGCCGUGUUUUUGGCCUUUGCACUGGCUGCGGUUGCCGUGGCUGAACCACCAUCCGGUUACAACUACAACCGGCCCUCCUCGGGUGGAUACUCGCAGGGAGGCGGUGGCGGCGGCGGUUACUCAAGCGGCGGCUACUCGAGCGGUGGAUCUUCCGGCUAUGCUGGCAGCUUCAGCAGCGCCGGAAGCUUCUCCAGUGGUGGCGGUAGCCUGCAGAAUGUUCCAGUCGGUGGCCAAACGUCCGAAGGUCUGAACGUCGACCAGCAGCUGCUGAACGAAAUCCGUCAGAUCCUGCUCCGCGAGGAAAGCCAGAGCUCGUCGUCUGGUGGAUUCGGAGGCAGCGCCCCAAGCGGAUCGUACGGACCACCAAGCGGUUCUUAUGGACCACCAAGCGGAUCGUAUGGACCCCCACAUGGUGGAUCCUCUGGCCGAGUCGUUGGAAUUGAUCUGGAAGGAGUGAGACAAGCCAUCCAGGUUGCCCAAUACCUGCAGACGGCUACCUCCUCGGUUUCGUCCGGUUCCUACCCAUCAGGCCCAUCGGGCUCCUAUGGUGCUCCAUCUGCCCCAUCCGGCUCGUAUGGUGCUCCAUCUCGCCCAUCGAGCACCUAUGGUGCUCCCUUCUAAGGACUGAAACCAAAUAAUCCAAAAAAGCCCUUCAAGCCCCUCACAGGGCUGCUGAAGUACCAAAUCUUCAGCCCGUCUGCAAAGAGCCCAUAAUUGGAUAUCCGAACCGGCCAACGUACCAAGGAUCAUGCGAAUAAAUCCAACGAACGUAGCGAACAAAAUUGUCAGAAACAAGACUUAGAACACGCCACCACCAUUACAAAGAACAAAAACACGCACAUUCAACAUACUAUCACCUAUACUUUCAAACGGGUCUGAGCGAGCGGAGCCUUCUAGCGAGUGUCCUUCCCCCCUAUGGAUCUCUCCUAUCCCCCGAGAUCACACUCCAGAGCAAACAACACCUCCAGCUCGGGAGAUGGACAACCGCUUGGAUAGCUCCGACAAAAGCAACAACCGAUGCUGUAGCCGUUUGUCCUCAGUGGUCAACGAGAAACAACAACCCCCGAGUCGGUCAGUAACAGUAACGAACCCCACCGGAACCAACAUCCCUUCCGGUUCUCAGCAACACGGAACACAUAUUGGCUAUAGCACCGUUUGUUACACGACGAGAGAGACAACACGAGAACAACUUUUGUUAUUCAUUUGUUUUUGUACAUACUUGAAAAAAUGUUUUUAUCUCUCUUUUAUCUAGUUACUUGUUAUAGUUGUUUUUGUACCGAGGAAGUGAAAUCGUAACCGAGAAAACAAAAAAAAUCAAAAAAAUAAUAAAAAAAAAUCGAAAAAUUUGUCACCGUUAAAA